CGGUCCUGGAAGGCCACUCUAGGGGGUGGAGCCUACAAGCGCGAAGGGGCGGGACUCGAAAUGUCAGGAAUGGGUUGAAGUUUAUAGGCCAGUUAGAGGGCGGAGCCUGGAAAGUUCAGGAGCCCAAUCUUGGAAUUGCACCCUCCAGGGAGGGCGUGAGGGUGUUAAUAUGAGGAGCGAGAUCUUCGUGUGUAUUAGAGGGCCGUAGGAAAGUCUGGAGGCUUAUUCUGUUAGCUGGGCCCAGAUUUAUUACUUAAAAAGGCUGGGUCAAGUCAGUUAUUCAGGUGUGCUGAGUUCAGUUAAAUGAGUGCGUGUGUCUCUCUGCAUUCCACAGGCAAGGAAAUGAGCCAUUAGUGUGCUAGAUUCUGCCGACAUAGAGGUUACAGACAGUCGCCUGCCUAAUGCCACUUUUGUGGAUCACCGGCCCCAGGUACCAUUUUGUCCUCUUAAAGAAUGCCACCUGUUUUUAUACUGGAAAUGUAUGUACACUUGUGUCUUUACUCCAGCAUCACCGGUCAGAGACCUUGGGUACAGGUACCGCACCGCCCCAAGUGACCCAGAAUAAGGCACGUUCUGCUUCGAAGCCGCUCCAGGCCUCUGGACGGUUCUAUGUGGAACUGGUUCGCGGUUCCGCGGGCUUUGGCCUCACAUUAAGCGGAGGCCAAGAUUCAGCCGGGGAUACUCCUCUGGCAGUGCGUGGGCUGCUGAAGGAUGGGCCGGCACAGCGCUGUGGUCGCUUGCAGGCCGGGGACCUCGUGCUCCACAUCAACGGAGAGCCAACGCAGGGCCUCACCCAUGCGCAAGUGGUGGAGCGGAUUCGCGCAGGCGGACCCCGUCUCCGCCUUGUAUUAAGCAGGCCCCUUGAAACCCACCCCGGCAAGCCUGAGGGGAUGGGAGGGCCUCAGAAAGGAGAUGAUCGCAGGCCAGAUCCUGGUGGACCAGAGGUGAUGAAGUCUCGCAGCGCCAGCGCUUCCCCACGUCAGCACCCGCUAUCCCGUACUACGGCCCAAACCCAGGGCAGCCCAGAACCUAGCCCAGAGGGGCCAGCCGACUGCCCCGCGGUUCCUCCACCUGAGCGCCGCACAGAGGACCCUGAUGACCGAACCCCAGGUUCCCCGGGACCCUGGCUGGUGCCGAGUGAGGAACGGCUCUCCCGGGCCCUAGGGGUCCCAGGGGCUGUGCAGCUUGCUCUCGAGAUGGCAGCUGGGAGGCGGAGGCACUGAGCAUGUAACAGAGGGUUCAGUGCUCCCUUGGUACAGCCCAACCUGUAUCUGGCGUGCCCCGCCGGCCGCACACUAGCAUCGCUAUCAUGGGCGGGGAGAGCUUCCUCUCUGUGUUGUCUCACCCUGCCUCCUGCUGAGCAGCAGACCAGCUCAUGCUCCCCUCGAGGUGUCAGUGGUACAGCCCUCCGGACGGGCCAGACCAGCGCUUCUGGUUUCGAGCGGGGGUGGUAAUAAAAUGGUUCGACCCAGU